ACAAUGCAGUUUGAUUUGAUUUGAUUGACUUAACCAUCAUACCUACCUAUGGAAAUAAAUCUACUUGGUGGGUCAGUGCUCUCAUUAUGUCUCAUCUGUGAUGCCGGUGCAAUUUCUAUGCAUGUUUGCACCACUGUAAAAGUGCGUUAUGAGAGCCGCAGUUCGUGUCGAACACGCUACUUGAUGUGGUGCACGUCCAGAGAGACGAUUACCUACCCGGUGUACUACACGGAUAACAUCUGCUGUGCCGGGUGGCGAGAUAAUGGAGGCGACCAGAACUGUAACAUUCCAAUUUGUACUCCACCAUGCCAGAACGGUGGAACUUGCAUUGCACCAAACACCUGUCAGUGUCAGAUACAGAACUCUGGCCAGUUCUGUGACGGCAGUGUGUGUUCUCACCUGAGUCCUUGUUACCCGGGAACGUGUGUGGCAUCAGACAGCUGUGACUGCACCAGUGGCUUCACAACUACAACAACCCGCAGUGAGAAUUGUCUGACAAUUGAAGACAACAGGAACACGGACAUCAAGAUCUAUCAGAUGCAAGUGCGCAUGUCUAACUGGCCUCGCGGGACGGCGUCACCAAAUGAAUCCUACUACAUCAUGGCCGACUCCACCCAGAAGACUGAGAUGGAUUUCUGGUGGUCCAAUCAGAAAGACUUCAACCGUCUGGAGACGAACUGCAGCAGUCAGUUCUUCAUGCCAGACCUGCCUCUAAAACCCAACUACAUCGGUAACGCAGGCUUCGGGGUGGUCAGCGGUCAGGUGGAGGUCUGGCUGUCCAAACGACCAGUUUAUCCUUCACAGCCGAGGUUCUCGUCCUUGAACAACACGUUUCCAUGUGAACAGCUGGCCUCCAGUACACGACCUGUAAGCGACUUCUAUCAAUGCAACCUUCACAUCACUAACUUUGAUUGGCAUCUGGAUCAUGGCGAUUUUCUCAGGAUCACAUUUCGCACAGAAGGAGGAGGAUACCGAGAACUUUUGGACAGGAACUACAACCCCCCGAGGAGCUACACAGUUCAGACUUACCACCCCAUCAACAACAGUCUUUCAGUGGAAUUCCGUUUUGACUUCAGGCCGCCAUACCACUGUGACGAAACUAAUAACUGUCGCUCAGGGGAGACCAUCCUUGAUAUUCCUGACAUAACUAAAUUAGAGCCUCUGAGAAUUUCCUGGGUAGGAUGGGCUGACGACGACUCCAAAGUGUAUCGGUAUUCUAUGGAGGUCUUCAAGAUGACGCGAACAACGGACAACAAGCUCGAAAUCCGGGUGGACAGAGCGCUGCUACCUCUCAUCAACCGUGAGGUUUUCGAAGCCAACUACACCACCCAGGAAUACACGCCACCAGAGCCGGGUAUGUACGCCAUUAUCCUAGAAGCAGGCGACAAGGCCAACAACACCAAGUACGUCCGACGACUUUGUCUGUACGACCCCAGCUCGCAAAUAACCUCUGACCCCAGCUACCGCCUCUACGUGACCUCUGCCAGUGAUGCCAGUAACUACAGUUACCAGAGCAGCCUCAGUACACCUGUGAGUGUCAACUGGACCAACUACUUCCGGAAUGCUUUCCACGAAGACAAUGCGUUGCUCGGUGAGGUUCUUGUUUACCCUACACAGCUGGAAAAUGGAAAGAAAAACAUUCCUCGAUACGGGCCGUUAGAUGAUCACCAGGGGAGACGAACAGUGGACGCCAUUACUAAUAAAAGGGGAAUAACCAAUUUUAAAGCAGGAUUUGCGAAGGAUCAUGAUGGAGGAAGGAAUCAGUCUCUGACGCCGACCGUUCCUCCUUCUGGUUGGACUGACCUCGGACUCAACACAACAUACACCCUGCCUCUGGACCUCAGACCGAGCGAGGCCGACACGGUGACCGUGUGGGUCAAGGCCACAGAUGUCAUGGGCAACGAGAGGAUCGAGCGCACUCAAGUGACCUUUGACACCUCGCCCCCUGUUGUGCAAAAUUUGAGGCUGUAUAUGAACGUGCCUGUUCCUGGAGUGGAUUUUAGCUCUUCGUUUGACCUGACGGCAAAAGACAAGGAGUCUGGUGUCGCCUACGUGCUGUGGACAUUUAGACGUGGCAGCGGGGCUGUCCUCUACCAAGAGAAAGUACCCGGAAUAAGCGCCGACGAACAGAGCUGUUCUCGGGAUUUCACCAGAUGCGACUGUACACCUACUGGCCAUUGCUUCUUCUUUAACCAAUCAUACGCGUUCAGCAACUGUCACAUGAUGGUGGAGAAGGAAAACCUGUCAACGGAGAGUAUUACCGUUACAGCUGACGUCACCAACAUGGCGGGUCUUGUUACCAGGCUUACCUGGACGAAGCAGGAUAUUACAGAGCUGAACGGGACGAGGGAAUAUUUCCCACCGCAGAAUGUGAACGUGUCUCUUAUUACGGGCGACAGUGUGAUGGUAACUUGGACAUUCCCGCCAUCUUGCUUCAAACGCACUGCAUUGUGGGUCAUUGCUAACGACAGAAAGGUUCCGGUGCACAAGGAUGCGACUGAAUUCUCCCUGACCGGCCUUGACUCAGAUACCUUCUACACCAUCCACAUGGUCACGGAAUAUGAGGGCAACCAGCAGAGUGACAGUGAAUCCGUGUCCUUCAAUACAAGUAGUGCCGUCAAAGGCAGCACAGGAGUCUCCAAGAUAGGUGAGACACGCAUCUUCAAGUCAGGUUACACGGACAUCAACAGACGAUAGACGACAUUAAGACAGGUAGUACAUAUGACCUUAACUGGUAAAACAUACGACUAGAAACCAUUGUUACUUCUCAGCCAAUUCAAGUGUAAUUUUAGCCCUUUUUCAGACGAUUUCUUCAGGGUACAGCCUAGCUUAAAGACAUUUAUACAUAGACAAUUGCCAGGUUACAAAUAUUGCUUUUAGUAAGUAACAGAGACGAUUUAAGUCAGCUGGCAGAAGGCUUUGUCAGAAGCAUGAAAACAGUUUCUAAAAAAGAUAACAGAAGAGAUAUUAUAAACGUGACACUUACAAUUCACAGACAAGUAACACUAUGACUUCAACACAGUUAACGCAAACAUAUUUAAGACGGGUACCUCAUACGAAUGUAUGCUCACAUCUACAUAUCUAUAACCCGAUAAAUAAGAAGAAAACAAUUAUUGUUAUUUAAAAUAUACCCCUACAAUAAGACUAAGCAUAAAGAUAAGAAAACAAAAAAGAGUUUUUCGCUUUACUCUGAACGUUAAAGAUAAUAUCAAAGAAGCUUAAUCAACAGCUACAUCAUGGACCUAAAAGUUACUCAUAAAGUUAAGGGGAUUCUCAAGGCAAACUAAAGUUGUUUAGAAACUCAUAAUGAGUAUAAGAAUGUUAAAUCUCAUUUAUUUUGUCUGUUCAUAUGCAAAAACUUCAAGGUUAUAUAUGUUGAUGUGUUUAAUAAUAUUAAUUACGAGAGACUCUUUCGUUUGCUGUACCGAAAAUUCGUUGUGCGUCACGUGGCCGUACGACAUCUGUGUGUGAGUUUUAGUAGCAGAACAGAUAAGCGAUGCCUAGAGAAUGUGCCGGAUCCGAUUGCUAAGAAAAAGUUGAGAAGACUAAAAAGAUCCUUUUCACAAAUUUCCAAGAAAGAGUCUUACGAAAAGAGUGGGCUAUAUGAAUAAAAAGACCCGAUCCCAAAGCGAAAAAGCUUUGGGAGCCUAAAGACUGGAACACGUGUUUAACGCAUUUUGUUGACGAGUGCUUUACCAACGGACUCGGCAAUAAAUUGCUCGAAAAAGAAAGAAGAUUGUAUGUGACAGAUGAGUUUCAAUCAUCGAAGGACUGCAGCAUAAACAGGUCAGUGUCAGGAAUGCUAUUGUAUUUACUGCUGUUCUCAUUAUUUUUAGACAAAUUACUAUGUAUAUAUAAGACUGCAUAUACGCAACAAUAUCUUUAUAUAUGUUAAUUAUAAUAAACAUGUACACAUAAACAGUACAUGUCUAAUGUGUUAGAAAUGUUAGCAUUAAACUGCAAGUGUAAAAAGUUACCAUUGCUGUGCUAGCAUUUGCUGCAUUAUAUUUUAAAAUUGGUUUUCUUUUUAUGAAAUAAAAGGCUGGUUUUUUAUUCAUAUCUUUGUAAAGAAGUCCCCUGUCUUCUGUUUCUUAAUAUGAAAUCUUAAAAUAAUAAAGUACAUAAAAAAAUGUUUUCACAUGAGUUUAUCAGCAGAGACCUUAGCAAAUCAUAUUGAGAUUUCAGUGCAAUACAGUGGAGUCCCUAGAAUUAAUAUGAUAAUAUUUCAAAAUUACAAUAAUAUUAAUGGCUGUGUUUAAUGUUAAAUGCAAUACUAAGAUAAUUUUUUUUUACUUCAGACAAUCAACAUGCUGACAUUAUAAAACAAUGGAGAGCCAAGUGCAGUGAAGGUUAAACAACAGAAUAAGAAAAACAGCUCAUCAGAAGACUGUUGCUUUCGGGUAGGACAUAAUUCUUUAUGCUUUAUUAUGCAAAUCUGCUCAAUUUAAAACCAGUAACAAUUCCUAUAUGAAAGGCUUUAAUUCUUAGAAGUGAUAUUCAGAGAUAUAAACUGUAAUUAUAAAAUAUGAUUAAGCUUUUAGACAGGGCUCACAGUUUGAUAACAUGAUAUCAUCAUAUAUAUUCUUUAUUGUUUGAACGUUUGUGGAAUGCGGCGUUCAGUAAACUCUGUUGAAAUUUUUCAUUCAGCUGCAACAAAAGUGUGCACAUAAACGGGUGCAGACAGACCUAGACCUCUAGAUCAACAGAGAUCGGUUAUGGUCACUUUUCAGUUCUGUUUUCUAUGCUACAUCUCUUUUAUCUGAUAUUAUUAUGAAUUCACCGAACAGUGGCAGAUAGUUACCAUUACCUUACAAGCUAGGUCAUCAAAGAGACUAAAACAGAUACCGGUCUUCUGUUUGUUUACCUGUCCUUCAAUUUAGGUACAGUUGCAGGGCUUCUGCUUACGCAAAAAAUUGCGUACAGUACGCAUUAAAAGUUCGGAGGACCCCCUCAAUUUUC